AUGUCCGACGUUCCUCUUCCUGAAUGCCUUCCCAAACCAGAGGAACCUAAAGAACCACAACAGUCUCCUCAGCAACCUCAGUUCCAGCAAGUACCUCCGAAUUACUACCAAUUUCCACCUCAAGGUUAUUACCCACCACAAGGCUUCCCGAACUACCCUCCUCAACCUAUGCCUUACUUCCCCAACCCUUGGUUGUUCCAGCAAGCUCCACCCCAGCAAUUCAAAUCUCAAUCGAAGAGAGACCAAGAGUUCGAAGAAGGUCUGAACCGUUUACGCAAAGAUUAUGCCACAGCCCCUAUGGAAGAUGACAGGCUUUCAGUCUCUUCCCUAAGGGAGUGUGGUAGAAUUUACGAAAAAGUGACAGUAGAAAAAGUGACACUUAACCUUAAAUUUCCAAACACUAUUUUUUGA